AUGGGUCAGUCAUUAAGCAGUAUUCGGCCUCCGAAGCCUAGACUCACCGAGGAGAACCUCCCCGACCAAACCGGCAAAGUCUUCCUCAUCACAGGAGCAUCAGGCGGUGUCGGCAAAGAGCUCGCCUCCAUGGUCUACAAACACAAUGCGAAAGUCUACAUCGCCGCUCGGUCCGAAGACAAAUCCACCGCAGCCAUAGCCUCCAUCAAGCAGCAAUACCCCAAAUCCAAAGGCCAACUCAUCUUCCUACACCUCGACCUCGGGGACCUCACUACCAUUCCCAAAUCUGCAGAGCAGUUUCUCCGUCAAGAAUCCCGCCUCGACGUACUAUGGCUCAAUGCCGGUGUGAUGGUUCCCCCAGCUGGGUCGAAGACAACACAAGGCUAUGAGCUCCAGCUUGGCACCAACAACAUCGGUCACUUCCUAUUCACGAAGCUUCUACAUCCUAUUUUAAAAAGUACUGCUGCUAGUGCCCCUAGGAAUUCUGUGCGUGUAAUCUGGGUUUCGUCUAGUGCUAUUGAUGUUGCGCCCUCGGGUGUGAUUGACUUUACGAAUAUGGAUUAUAAGCGCGAUGAGAGGGCAUGGACCAAGUACGGCAGGAGUAAGGCUGGGAAUGUGUUGCAUGCAGUUGAGUUUGCGAGGAGGACCGAGAGCGAGGGCAUUGUUAGUGUGAGCUUAAACCCGGGUAAUUUGGCGACGGAUCUGCAGAGGUCUAUGCCUGGCUGGCAAGCUUAUGUUUGGGCGAAACUUCUUGCGUAUCCUGCCAAGUUUGGUGCCUACACGGAGCUGUUCGCCGGUUUGCACCCGGAUGUCAAAUUGGAAACAUCGGGAAUGUUUAUUGCGCCGUGGGGGAGGAUUGUCAAGGCUCGAAAGGACCUUUUUGAUCCUGCGUUGGGGAGGCGGUAUUGGGAGUGGACGGAGGAGCAGGUUAAGCCGUAUGUUUAG